AUGGAAUUUAGGCCUGUACACCUAAGUGCCCGUAGAAGGCAGAAAUGGUCUGUGGAUCCACGAAAUAGUGCUUGGAGUAAAGAUGAAUCUAAGUUUGGCCAGAAGAUGCUGGAAAAGAUGGGCUGGUCAAAAGGAAAGGGUCUUGGGGCUCAGGAACAAGGAAACACAGAACAUAUCAAGGUUCAGGUGAAAAACAACACGCUGGGGUUAGGAGCAACCAUCAAUUACGAGGACAACUGGAUUGCUCAUCAGGAUGACUUCAACCAGCUUCUGGCUGAACUGAAUGAUUGCCAUGGACAGGGUGAAACAGAGUCUUCAGUGAAUAAUCAGAAGACAUUCAGCCUCGAAGAAAAAUCCAAAUCUUCCAAGAAACGUGUCCAUUAUAUGAAGUUUGCAAAAGGUAAGGAUCUCUCUUCGCGCAGUGAAGAUGAUCUGUCCUGCAUAUUUGGGAAGCGACAGAAGAGCAUGAAGACAAAGGUAAACAAGAGGCUUCACCUUUCUCUUGUUUCCUUGG